UUGGAUUUCUGGAGUGAACCAUCAAAACUUGGAAAUGACGUCGACAUUUUGGUGAAGCCAGAUGCCACAGAAGCAUUUGCCAAAAUGGCUGCUCGACUUGGCAUGGAACACAGGGUGCUUAUCAAAGAUGUUCAAAGUGUGAUCGAUUCCCAGCCCGUGGCUGAACUUGGAUCAAAACUCACCUGGGAUGCCUAUUAUCAAUUUGAAGAUAUUUUGGCAUGGACCGAAGAAAUGAGGGAUGCCUUCCCAGACAUUAUUUUGGCAUGGACCGAAGAAAUGAGGGAUGCCUUCCCAGACAUUGUUACCUUGCAAUCAAUCGGUGAAUCCUACGAAGGCCGAGAAAUCAGGCUGAUGAGAAUCAACAAGCCGUCUGAUCUGGAGAAGACUGUCAUUUUCAUCGAAUCACCAACCACCACUUGGAUCUUCAAUGAAAUACUCAACAACCCUGAAUAUGCAAGUGUCUUGGAUGAGUUUGAUUUCCACUUUGUGCCAGUGGUGAAUCCAGAUGGCGUUGCUUACACUCACACCAACGACAGGUUGUGGAGAAAAACCAGGUCCCCCAAUGACAAUGGAUGCUUUGGAGCUGACCCCAACAGAAAUUGGGAUGCAUCUUUUGGAGGACCCGGAACGAGUGAUGAUCCAUGCUCAGAAAUUUACCACGGAGCUUCUCCAUUCUCUGAAUCCGAAGUGAAGGCCGUUUCUGAUUACAUCUUGGAGAAUAGCGCUGCCAUUGCUGCGUUCUAUGACAUUCACUCUUACAGCCAACUCGUUCUGCUGCCUUGGGGAGACUCCGCGGAUUUGCCAGAGGAUUACGAUGAAUUG